AUGGCGGACGAUCAGUGGUUCCAUGGUGCCGCGCUGUCAGACAUCGGUCGGCCGUCGUCAGACCCGCCAUCAGCGGCGUCAAGCACGGGUCCUCCUCCGCAAACCGGCCGAAUGUCGGCCGGCACUCGCCGGACCGUCAAAGGUGCCGGCUCUGGCACUCCGUCAAAAGGAGCGGCAGGCGGGAUGACGGCGGGGAAGAAACGAAUGGCCGCGGUAACGGAAAAGGCCGUCGGGCUGAAGGAUCGAUUGCGGCAAGCGAGGGAGGAGGUGUUGGAGCUGAGGCAGGACGCGUGCGACAUGCAGGAGUAUGCCUCCGCCAAGCUUGCGCGCGCGCAGACGUACCUGCAGCUCCUGGCCAAGAAGGCCCACGGACUCGACCAGGUGGCACAGGAGGCGGAGUCAAAGGUAGCGCCUCUGAAGAAGGAGCGCCGGCGGCUCUUCAACAGCCUCAUCCAGUCCAAAGGCAACAUCCGAGUGGUGUGUCGCGUCCGCCCGGCAUUCGAGCACGAGGAUUCUCUCGCGCUCUCCUUCCCAGACGAAACCACCAUCCGCAUCAACCCCUCUGCGUCCGUCGCUGCCACUGCUUCAGCCAGUGCGGGCAGAGCAGGGUCUCCUGGGUCCUUGGGUGGUGGGGGUGGCAGCAGCGGGCUGGCAAAGAGGGACUAUGAGCUGGAUCACAUUUAUGGACCGCAUGUGGGGCAAGGCGAUCUAUUCGUGGACGCGGUGCAGCCCAUGGUGCAGGCUGUGAUGGACGGCUUCAACGCCUCCAUCAUCGCGUACGGGCAGAGCGGCUCGGGGAAGUCACACACCAUGGAGGGCCCAUCUCACGAUCGCGGCGUCUUCUACCGAGCGUUUGAUGAGAUUUACGAUCUUGCCAACUCAACCUACGCCCCCGUUGACAGCUACACCUUCCACGUCAGCGUGCUCGAGAUGUUCAAUGAGCAGCUGAGCGACCUGCUGGUGAACCCCUUGCAGGCCGGCCAUGGGUCCUUGGGCAAGGUGGAACUCGUGCAUGGGGGGCCGGGAGGAGGCAGCGGAGCAGCAGCAGGGGGAGGAGGAGCAGGCGCAGCAGGAGGAGCAGGAGUAGGAGGGGGUGUGGGGGGGUGGGGAGAGGUGGAGGUGCGGGGAGUGAGGGAGGAGGCGGUGAGCAACCCGAUGGAGUAUGCCAAGGUGGUCAAGACAGCUCUGCAGCACCGGGCGGCAGGGGGAGGUGCAUCUGGGGGAGGUGGGCUCGUUGGCGACAGCAAGGAGCGCAACAAGCUCUCCCACUUGGUGGUGAUAGUGCGAGUGCAUCAUGACGACCCAGUGACAGGAGAGCAGCAGGACAGCAAGCUGCUGCUGGCGGAUCUCGCCUCCAGCGAGCGCCUCCUCGCCUCCUCCUCUGCCUCGGGGGACCGCCUCACCGCCUCGCUGCACGUGCAGAAAUCCUUCUCAGCGCUGGGCGACUGUCUGUCUGCACUCACGGGCAAGCGUCCCACCGUGCCGUACGGCAACUCCAAGCUCACCAUGCUGCUCUCCGACUGCCUCGGCGGUGAGGCCAAGAUGCCAGGUGUAAACCCGAGUCACUACCACGGCUCUCAGGUUGACAACACUGGCUCAGGUGGACCACCCUCUCCCCCCCGCCUCUCCCUCCCUUCCCUGUAUGUACGGCCACCAGGCGGCGGGGCCAAGACGGUGGUGGUGGUGACGUGCAGCCCGCGGCGGGGCCAAGACGGUGGUGGUGGUGACGUGCAGCCCGUCAAUGCCCAGACGUGGCAGAGUCGGUGGCUAAGCCCGUCCGCAUCCCCACUUGUGUCUACCUCCUCUCUCUCUCUCUCCUCCUCCCUCACCUUGCCAGGAGGUGAGGCCAAGACGGUGAUGGUGGUGACGUGCAGCCCGUCCGUGAAGGACGUGGCAGAGUCGGCUCUCUCGCUGGCCUUUGCUGCCCGCUCGCGCAACUCCGAGCUCAGCCUCGGCACUCGUGACACCAUCAAGAAGUGGCGCGACAUGGCGAAUGAUGCAAGGAGGGAGGUGUUUGAGAGCGAGAGGCAGACAGCAGAGGUGCAGCAGGAGGUGCUGCGGCUGAAGGACGCCCUAAGGGCGAGCGAGCAGACGGGGUGUGUGCUGCUCACCGAGCUGCAACGCGCCUGGGCCCAGGCUGGCCUGGUGGAGGCGCAGCACCACGCUGAAGUGGAGCGGCUCAUGGCUGAGGUGGCAGCAGGGGUGGAGGCACAGCGGCGGAUGGAGGAGGAGUGGGAGACUCGAGCAGUGCUGGAGGGGGCUAAGACCGUGAGGGAGCACGAGGAGGAGAUGGAGCGCGUGCAGCAGCAACACAUUGCGGAGAUAGAGGCGUACAAGGUCCAAGUGGAGCAGCUGCACGGGCGGCUGGCAGAAGCAGCCGAAAUGGCGGCGACGGUGGCGGCACUGCGCCGCCCGCAGGAGGAUUCAGCGGAGGUGGCGGAGCUGCGGCAGCGGUAUGAAGCAGCGGUGCAGAAGAUGACAGCUUAUAAGAACGAGCUGGAGAAGAGUGAAGCGCUCACCAGGGUGUGUAUGGGCCACCGGGGUAUUUCCCUCAAGUCUAACCCGUUCCCCUCCCCCACCUCCCUUCCCUCUCCUUCCUCCCCCCCACCACCCUUCUUCCCCUGUUUUUUAGGAGCUGAAUGCGGAGAAUGCCAGUCUGCUGUCUCGCCUCGAGGCCACCAACAGUGCACUGUCACUGCGAAUGGCACAGCGGGACAUGGGGAUGGAGGCGCAGGGGCAGGCGACGGGACUGUGGUCCAGCAGCAGCAGCAGCAGCAGCAGCAGCAGCAGGGGCAGGGGAAUGGAGGGAAGCAGGGGGUUCCUGCUGCCGCUGCCGCCGCUGCUGCUGCUGUUACGAGAGUGGGUGCAGGGGGGUUGCAGUCGCAGCAGCAGGUGGGGAGCGGUGGUGGGGAGUGGGAGAGGCGGAGGGACGAGGUGGUGGGGCGGAUGAAUAGGGUGAUGGUGGAUGCGCAGAGCGAUGCUGCUGCUCUGGCUGAGGAGAGCAACGCGUGCUUGAGAGAGAUGCUCACAGCUGUCGCCGCUUUGCCAGCUGGCAGCGAGGAGGAGGGGCGGGCAGCAGAGGAGGUGCGGGCGGCGGUGGUGGCGCUGCUGGCGUGGGCGCAUUCCAAGGCGCUCUCUCUUGAAUGGCCGUUCGUGUCGUGCGCCCGCCUGCUGCUGCUGCGCGUGCUGCGCUCCAAGUCAGCCGAUGUGCAGUCCAGUAAAGUCCCGGCAAUCGAGCGGUUUUUGGAGAAAGCCCUACCCCAGCCGGCCAAGCCCGCUCUGCAGAAGAGCUCCACCUUCGCACUGCCCACCACCGCCACCCCCGCGCCCGGCUCCACCCUCCGCACGUUCCGCCUCGACCUCAAGCUGCCGGGGGGGGACAAGGGGGCAGCGGGCGCGGGCGCAGGAGGUGGGGGGAGUGCGAGCAUUGCGGACCGGCGGGGCAGUGCAUCGUUCCGCCUGCCGUCGUUCCGAGCCGGUGGGAAGAAGGCCGCGGGCGCAGGAGGGAACUCUGCGGUUAAGGUGUCAGAGGCACGGAUCAGGGAAAUCCGGCAGGAGGCAGCAGACCACGCCAAGGGACACAAGGAGCUAGCCCUAGUGUUCGCUCACGUUGCUACCGCCAAACCCACCGCCACCACCACCACCACCCCGCUCUCCCACCCCUCCUCGCUCCCCGCUGACCUCAUCGCCCGCGUCGCUGACGUCACCAGCCUGGAGCAGCGAGUGCUGCAGUGGAUCGGAUCGCAGUUUGGAUUCUGGGCGGCGAGCGAGCCGCCCAGGGACGCGCAGGAGGACGUGGUGGCGGUGGCGGCGGCGGUGGUGGAGGGGUGGCGGGAGGGGCUGGGCACGUUCAUGAGAUACAGUGAGGAUGCUCUGGGGCAGGUGCUGGCUGAUUGGAGCUUCCGGCAAUACCGGUCUCAACUGGGGAACCUCAAGGUGCUGGCUGACUGGAGCUUCAGUCAGCUGAGCAACCUCAAGGUGAGCUCGAUGCAUCGGUACCCCUCUCUUGCAUUGCUUCUCCGCGCUUCCUUCUCGUGCCAUCCCAUUGCACUCUCCUCGUGGGAUGCAGCCGGGGGCGUGGGCUCGUCCCUGCUGGUGGAGGAAGCGGACGACAUGGAGCAUGUGAUCAAGCUGCGCCUGGGCUUGAAGGCAGACGUGGGUUCCUCCUUGCUAGUGGAAGAGGCGGACGACAUGGAGCAUGUAAUCAAGCUGCACCUGGGCUUGAAGGCAGACGUGGGUUCCUCCUUGCUAGUGGAAGAGGCGGACGACAUGGAGCAUGUGAUCAAGCUGCGGAUAAGUUUAGUGGAGGACGUGGGCUCGUCCCUACUGGUGGAGGAAGCGGACGACAUGGAGCAUGUGAUCAAGCUGCGUCUGGGCCUUGAGGCAGACGUGGGCUCGUCCCUACUGGUGGAGGAGGCGGACGACAUGGAGCAUGUGAUCAAGCUGCGCCUGGGCCUUGAGGCCGACGUGGGCUCGUCCCUAUUGGUGGAGGAGGCGGACGACAUGGAGCAUGUGAUCAAGCUGCGCCUGGGCCUUGAGGUCGACGUGGGCUCGUCCCUAUUGGUGGAGGAGGCGGACGACAUGGAGCAUGUGAUCAAGCUGCGUCUGGGCCUUGAGGCAGACGUGGGCUCGUCCCUACUGGUGGAGGAGGCGGACGACAUGGAGCAUGUGAUCAAGCUGCGCCUGGGCCUUGAGGCCGACGUGGGCUCGUCCCUAUUGGUGGAGGAGGCGGACGACAUGGAGCAUGUGAUCAAGCUGCGCCUGGGCCUUGAGGCUGUGAGGCACAAGCGCGCCAAGCUGCUGAGGGAUGUGGCGGCCGAUGCUUCCCUGGGGGCGCACAGGGAGGAGCUGCUGGAGGGGCAGAAGCGGUGGGAGGCGGAGGGCGGUGUCAAGGAGGAGAGCAGAAUUGGGUCUCUCGCUGCCCUUGAGAAGAUUUUCCGUGCAUGUCAGGACGCGAUGGAAGCGCUGUCAGCCUCGCGCAUGCCGCCAGACCAAGAGGUUAAUGGCAUGCGGGAGGGGCUGGCGAGGCAGCAGCGGGAGGAGUUGCCGGUGCUGGCAGGGCCAGACAAGAUGGUGGGCGAGCAGAUCGUCGCUUAUGCCCUGCAGUUCUUCCCCGUGAGUGCCGGGGUUGGGGGUUUGGGGGGUUCAGGGAUCCUGGCUUUGUUGAAGGAGCAACAGCAGGGGCCGCCCUUGGGUGCUGGCAAGAUGGUGGGCGAGCAGAUCGUCGCUUAUGCCCUGCAGUUCUUCCCUUUUUUUCGUCCCAAUCCUCGCUCCCUCGUGUCCCGUCUGCCUGCCUGCCUGUCUGUCUCCAGCCGGUUUCGGAAACCAGUGGUGCUGUCAGUGCGGCAGGUUCCCUCCCAGGCAGGCGCCCCGCCUGCUUCCCAUGCCGGUGCUGCCUCCUCUCCUGCCCGACACUCCACCUCUUCUGCUGCUGGUACUGCUGCUGGUGCUGCUGCUGCAGCACACCACCCGUCCUCCCCGUCGCGCCACAGUGCCACUGGUUCCCCCUACCGCCGCCCGUCUUCCCCCUCGCGCCGCCCCUCCUCUCCCUCCCGCUCGUCCCUCUCCCAACUCGCACCGUCCCAAGGAGGCCCGGCACUGCAAGAGAGGGCAGGAGCAGGGGGGGCAGCAGCAGCAGGGAAUGCAGGGGCAGGGGGUGCAGGAGCAGGGGGGAGCUCCCUGUGGAGUCAGGUGACAGGGCUGGUGGAUGGGCUGGGGCGAGGCACGGGAGAGGGAGCAGAUGGAGGAGUGGGAGAGGGAUUAGGACGGGAAGGGGGAGGUGAGAGUGCUGCUGCUGCUGGCCUGUCUACGGAAGGGGAGAGGGUCGGUAUGCCAGCCACAGCAGUAGGAGCAGGAGGCGCAGGGGCAGCAGCAGGAGGAGGAGGAGGAGGAGGGGCAGCAGCAGCAGGUAGUGUGGCGGCAAGGCAGGAGGAGGUGCGGAGGAGGGCGGAGCAGGAGGGGGUGAGAGAGUGGACGGCGGUGCAGCUGAACAGUGCGGAGGGGCCGCUUGUCAUCAAGUGCGGCGCCACGCACCACCUCCAACUCGCCAUUAAAUAUUCCUCCACUGCUGCCGACACUGCCGGUGGUGCUGGUGCUGGUGGUGCUGCUGCGUUUGCAGCUAAGACCACAUCAGGGUCUCUCGAACCGGACACUCUUUCGGUCCUCCCCGACCCGUCCUCCCUCUCUGGGCUUUCUCUGGACCGGAUCCGAUCGGUUCUUUUGCCGCUCCUCCCUGCUCCCAUCGUCCACGUCAUCGUCGCCAAGUCAGCGAAUGCCACGCGGGCGCGGUACGGCCGGAUCCACUCCACCCUCGCCGCCCGCGUGCCGGUCCUACGUGGCGCGCCCAGCAGCACCGGCCCCGCCACGUCACGCGCUGCGGAGUCGCCAACCACUGUCGCGCGGCCAACUGGCAGCUACAGUGCCGCGAGCACUCCCGGGCGGGGGGUUUCGUCUGGUGCGGGGUGGGGAGGCGGGGUGAAAGGAGGAAGGAGGAGCACGGGGGUAGGGGGCGUGGGGGGGUCGAUAGGAGGGAGAGGGGAUGUUGUAGAGCUGGAAGGGAGGAGCUGGUCUAGAGGGGCAUCUCUUGCCAACUCAGUCGCUGCCACUCCCAUUUCAUCAAGCCCAUUGCAUGGGCCGUUACGAGGGGGAGGAGGGAUGGUGGGAGGGAGUGUGCGCAUGAGUCUAGAUGCCGGUGCUGGCGGGGACGGGGGAGGAGGAGGCGGAGGAGGGGCGGGAGGGAAAGCCUUGAAGAAAAGUUCGAGCAUGCAUGAGUUUCCGGAUGGCUUGUAG